AUGACAGGACUUAGCUCACCGUGCGGUGCCUGCAAGUUCUUGCGCAGGAAGUGUGCCAAUGGUUGCGUCUUCGCCCCAUAUUUCUCCCAUGAGCAAGGAGCUGCACACUUUGCUGCCAUCCAUAAGGUCUUUGGGGCGAGCAAUGCCUCAAAGCUCCUCACACAUCUCCCUGCAAGUGAUCGCUGCGAGGCUGCAGUCACCAUGUCAUACGAGGCACAGGCCAGGCUCUGUGAUCCAAUAUAUGGCUGCGUUGCGCAUAUAUUUUCUCUGCAACAGCAGGUGGUCAAUCUGCAAGCACAACUGGAGUCUCUCAAAGCUCAGUCACCACAGGGGUAUCGAGAUGAUUCUUCGAUCUCAAGCACUCAAAAGAACAACUGUGGAAACAUAUGUAGUCGCUACCUGCAAGAAGAACAACUCUUUUUCCAUCCAACAAUGCCAAGUAAUUCUUCAAUAAAGAACGAGGAUCAGUUAUACUCUUCAACUGAGCACUUCACUUAUACCUCAGACCAAUCUGCGCAAGGGUAUGAGACAGAUUUAUGCAUGCCUGACUACAGCAGCACCAAUCCUUCUUGCUCUGUGCAAGGAUACCAUGACAUGGAGGACCUUCAGUCAGUAGCCUUCGCCUAUCUCAACCAGGCAUGA